AGUAAACUCGUAUAUCUCUAAAUAGUCUGUUCUCCGUAUCGUAUGGUUUUGUUCUUAUUCGCAUUUUCAUUUUCUUAUUUUACACUUGCUAGCAAUUUUGAAGCGUGUUCGUGAAUUGGCAUCUGAGUUAGUGAUAUAAAAAAUAUAUCACUUCGGUUUGAAAAAUUAAAAAUAAUAGUAAGAAAACAACACAACUAUUUCAUUCAAAUUUUUUAGACUCCGUACCAGACGCAGUAUACUUGCUGAUGUGAUAUUCUUGAAAUGUCAUCGUAUAUGGCAGGUGUUUUCGAUUUAGAUUUAGAUGUGGAUGUUACAGUUGGAGAUUCAGACGAAGACGAUAUUAUCGAAGUUGAUGAGGUGGAUUAUGACCCUGAGUUAAAUGUCAACAAUAUUGUUGAAUUAGAAGGAUCUGAAACAAUACAACUAUCUGAGGAUACAGUAAAUCCUGGACAGUGUAAGCGACUUGGUCCACAAGAUUUUGAGUUGCGGAAAGUUUUGGGAAAAGGUGGAUAUGGGAAAGUGUUUCAAGUUCGCAAGAUUACAGGACCAGAUGCUGGAUCUCAUUUUGCUAUGAAAGUUCUUAAAAAGGCAUCAAUUGUUCGCAAUCAGAAAGAUACUGCACAUACUAAAGCAGAAAGAAAUAUAUUAGAAGCUGUUAAGCAUCCUUUCAUAGUGGAAUUAGUUUAUGCUUUUCAAACUGGUGGUAAACUAUACUUAAUAUUAGAAUAUUUAAGCGGUGGUGAACUUUUUAUGCAUCUUGAACGAGAAGGCAUUUUUCUUGAGGAUACUGCAUGCUUCUAUUUAUCUGAAAUUAUACUGGCUUUAGAACAUUUACAUAGCUUAGGUAUAAUUUAUCGAGAUUUGAAACCAGAAAAUGUGUUAUUGGAUGCACAAGGUCAUGUUAAACUCACAGACUUUGGUUUAUGUAAAGAACACAUUCAAGAAGGAAUUGUUACACAUACAUUCUGUGGUACAAUUGAAUAUAUGGCACCAGAGAUUCUAACAAGAAGUGGCCAUGGGAAAGCUGUUGAUUGGUGGAGCUUGGGUGCCUUGAUGUAUGACAUGCUAAUUGGUCAACCUCCAUUUACAGGCGAUAAUCGUACAAAGACAAUAGAAAAAAUACUUAAGGGUAAAUUAAUGCUGCCUGCCUACCUCACACAAGAUGCCCGCGACUUAAUACGGCGUCUUAUGAAGCGUUCUGAAACACAGCGCCUUGGUGCUGCUGGAGCAGCCGUAGUACGAGGUCAUGCAUUCUUCAAACAUGUUCAUUGGGAUGAUGUUUUCGCCCGUCGAUUAGAACCACCAAUAAAACCCAGAUUGGCAAGCGAGGAUGAUGUAUCACAGUUUGAUACAAGAUUCACACUUCAAACGCCCAUUGAUUCACCUGAUGAGUCUACUCUUAGCGAAAGUGCCAACCUAAUGUUUCAGGGGUUCACAUACGUAGCACCCUCUGUACUGGACGAGAUUCACAAGCCACGAGUAAUUACGGCUCGUUCGCCGCGCCGCCCGCGGCCACAACACCACAACACGUUCGCAGGACCGCCACCUUCCACCGCCCAUUCGCAAUCACAUGCUCAACAAGAGGACCUCAUGGACGUGCAAGGUCUACCUAUAUAGUAAGUACUGUAAUUAGGAUAAUUAUUGUUAAUUAACUUGGGUGACCGGAUCAGCGGCUUUAUGUUUAACAAGUCAUAAAUAUACGUAUAUCUAUUGAUAUGUAUAAUAUCUAUGUAUGUUAAGACGAGUAAUUUGUGACAUAUAAUAGUUAGUGAAGUAGUAUGGACAUUUGGCAACGUUUCUUUUGUAAUGAAAAAUGUUAUAAGUUUAGUAAAAGUAAAAAGCGUUAGAAGUUCUAUUACAAAAACAAUAAUUAAUAGGUCUGUUAUGUAGAAGAUACAACUUUUUAAUGUUUAAUGACUUGAAACCGUUGAUCCAGUGAGCCUACAUUCAUAGUUAGCAUACAGCCGCACACUAGCAGUGACAGUUACUAUUUACCGUAAAGAAAGUAUCUUAUGAAUUUUGCAUAUUGACUUAUUUUUUUAUAUUGUUAUUGUUACAAAUUGAAGAAUACUAUAAAUAUUCCGGUAAUUAUAUAUUAUAUAUUUUGUGCACUUUAUGCACUACAACAUAAGUAGCAUUGCUAUUCCUCUAUUAUGCAAAAUGCACUGGUUUAUGUUUAGUGUGUGGCUGCACUAUUUGUAGUUUAUACUAAUAUUAUUACUAGUUCCGAACCAAACUGAGAAAGUGUGGAGUAUUGUGUGCUAAAUCAUUGGAUGCAGUACAGACAUAUAUCCAAUUUGAUAUUUUUAGUUUAAUUCAUAAUAUUAUGUAAUAAUUAUAUCGGAUCUUAUUUGGUUGUUAAAAAAUAUCUAUUAAAUAUUUUCAUUAUAUGAUUUGUAGUGAUAAUUACUAUGAAAUCGAUAAUUUUAUGUGAUUGUAAUUUAAUUUUAAAAUGCAGUAGUUUCUCAAUUUAUCGCGUGAUAAAAUCCGCAUGUGAUAUAAAAAUUUUCGUUAAUACAAAUCAGGGGUUAGAAUUUAUGAAAGUAAUUGGAAUAAGUAUUGUAUAAUAUUUGGAUAAAAUUCAUGUACCUUUAUUUAUGUAAUUAAAUUAAUUUUGCCGACAACUAUAUAAAUGUAAAAUUUGUGCUGGUAAUUGUAUUAUAGCCUAUACUCUAGGUCUAGCGACCGGUAGGUGCAUCUUUGUUUUUGUGAGACUGUUGGUAUUUGCUGGCGGUGCAUCUUAUUACCCGCUUAUAUUGAGAAACUAAUGUGAAUUUAUGAAUCGCAUACACUCAUUUACUACACAGCAGUUUAAUCAUUUCCUAGGUCUUAUGCCCAUUCAGUUUUAAUAUCCUGUCUUAAUAUUUUUUAAAUCUAUUAUCAAUCAAUCAUGGAACAACAGAAUAGGUACUUUCCCUGUUAACUAUCGCAACAUCGCGAUCUCCUACCAAAUUUUGUGAUGUUUUAAUUUGAAGUUUCUUUUUAAUUGACCUUAUAAUUAUGAGAACAUUGUAAAUAUUAUCUUAUUUAUAUAUAGGUAUAAUAUGAGAAUGUGAUAUGUAUUAAAUAUGAUAUAUACUUGUAUGAAAAUGAUGUUUUGAUGUAAAGUAAUAAUUAUAAUAAUAAUAAAAAAUACCAGGAAAUCGCGAUGUAGCGUUAUUAACUAGCGCGGUUUCAAAAAAUAUACGAUGGCAAUAAUACAACUCAAUAUCAUUGAAAAUGUCUUGUCUAAUAGUAUUAAGUUAUUAUUUGUGCUAUUUUAAUAGCAAAAGUUACCAUUUUCACUAGAAUUUAUUUAAAUGUCUUUUAAUGUUAUUGAAAGAUGACCUUAGAUGAAAUUAUUUGGAAAUAUCAGUUAGGGCACUGUAAAAGUUUAUUGUUAAUGCUUAACGAAAUUAGAGCAAAAAGUAAUUAUGCAAUGGUUUGCAAGUACCUAGGUAUAGCCAAACACUGAAAUGGAACUAUAGUUUUAAAUAAUGAAUUGGUAUCAGAAUGUUUGGUUUCACAAAUAGCUGGCAACUUCUAGCGUCUUGGAAAGUUAAAACUGGCUUUUUAUAAAUUAUUAUAGGAUCCAUUUCAUGUAACCCACCGAUGAAACCAUACUAGUCUGUUGAUAUUACGUUCUCAUUAUAAAAUGAAACUAAACAUGGCGGGUUAUACAACAUAAAUCCAUUAAUUCCCGUAAAAUUUGCCUGAUAAUAACAAGAAGAUGUCAGCGUCACUGUAAUUAAAAUUAUACUUGAAAUUAAAUGACAUUAAAACAUUACGUUCUAUCUAAAUAUCCAUAAAUUUAAUCAAGAGAAAUUGUCACCCUUAAUAGAUAAUAAUUUGUAGGUAGUUUUUGAAUUAUGAAUUUGUAAUAUUUGUAAUGACUAAGUCUAGAAGCAAUUUUUGUCGGCUUGAACGACCGAGAAAAAAAAAGCAUAUGCCCUUUAUACCGAAAAUAACAAUUUUCAUAUUAUUAUACAUACACAAUAAAUGAGUUUAACAAUAUUAGAGAUUCGACUUAGCCGAAAUAAAAUUUUGUCAAAAUCUGAAGAUAGACACUGACAUCCCGAUUAGGAAUUCUAACAUUCUGAUAUCAAUAACGAUUUUAAAUUUCUUUAGUUAUGAAUAUUAAAUUAUGUAUAUAUAAUGAAGUGUUUUUUUUUUUUUUUUUUUAUAAAAUUAUCGAAGUGAAGCUCAUUUUCAUUAUUAGUUAAUAUAAUAUACUAUUUUUUUUCCGGAAGUAAUUCUUAGCCUGUUUGUGUUACAUACUUAUAUUCCUAAUGACAAUUGUAAAUACAGGAUUUUUUUAUUGUAAGAUCUCGAAAGACCACUUAGAAAAUCCAAAAAAUAAUACGUAUUCUAUUCAUUUUAAAGCAAAAUACAUAUGUUAUUUUUUUUAUAAAAACUAUUUCGUAUCGAUCGCAAAUUUUCGGAUAAAUAAUUAACCGGUGUAAAGUAUAAAAUGUGACCGGAAAUUUUAAAUGAUAACUACAAAAACAUUUCUUCAGUUAUGGGUACACUUACUUGAUUUAUUUAAAAUAUGAUAUAAUAAUGUAUAAACUUCUUACACACCAUAUAUGUAUACCCUCGAGCUCGACUCGUCUCUCGUUGAAACUUUCGUGCCAAUGUGCGUACAUGACCUAUGGUAUACAUAUGGUAUGAGUUUAGUUUUCAGUUCUAUACUAAUUCAGUUAUAAAAAUAUAAAUAUGCAUGUCUAAUGCACUGAUGUUACAUGUUUUGAAACCGUUAAACCGCGAAUAAAAAAGAGAAUGGACAAAAUAUUUUUUCUACUAGUCUUUGGUACCUUUUUUUUUGCUUUAACCGAAAUAAAUUAGUAUUAAUUUUACUGUUACAUUUAAUUAAAAAUAUUCAUAAGAACAUAGUAUACCUUGAAUAUAAUUCUACUGCCCUACUAAGAAGAAAUAGCGCAAGUCGCGCAUUUCGUGAAAUUGAGUUAGUUUGAUAUUUAUGUUUGCAGAUGCAAAAAAUAAUAAAUAUUUAUUGUCUAAGAUGAUUUGCAAUAAAUAACAAAUUAAACAAGCUCAUUUUACAAAGUUUUUAUCUCAGAAAUAUGUUACAUUAACAGUUGUGGUUUAAAAAGGGUAGACUAUACUUGAAGAUAAUAUAGGAUAUGAUCAAAAUGAAGGAUUAAUUUUUCAGUCACGCAAAUUCUGUUUUGAAGGCACUUAUUAUUUUUAUAUCUCAGGGGCGACAGUAAUGAAAGUAAUAAUUUGAGUAGGAAUCUUUAUUGUGACGUCAUUAUUUUAUUAGAUUAAUCUAUUACAUCGUUUUCGAAGAAUUAAUUAUACUAUCAAAUAAGUAAUGUUCUUAAUUCAUUUUCUCUUUUGAAAUAUACAUAAUUGACUGAGGCAUACAAUAUAUACAGUUGACCGAGUGACAAUAUAAUCGUCAAAUCGUCGUCAAUUUUUUAACAAUUUAUAUAAAGGGCGAUGACAUGUAAGGGCUACAUAAAUGUUUUCACAUAUAAAUGUCGGUAAAAUAUAAAUAUGAUAUUGUUUUAUACUACCUACAUAUAACGAAUGUACAUUUUAUACAAGUUACCGUUUAGUCUAAUCUUUGGUAGGAUUAAUCGCUCUAACAAAAAAAAUGUUCUAACCCCGACUGUAAGACGAAAUAAUAAUUUACAAUAUAUUAUGUACCUUGUUACCAUGCUUGAUGAAUUGAAUUAAAAGGUCAUUUUUUAUUUUGUA